GAGGCGGUCACGGCCUCGGGUCCGAUGAUUAGGUGAUUAAGGAGGGCAGAGAAAGAAAGAACCAGGCUUGGGGAAUCGAACAGGAGGGAAAGAGAGGAUGAGAAGGAAGUACAAGCGGAAGAGGACGAGGAGGAGAAAGCCCAUGAGCCAGGAGAGGGAAAAAACGAAGAGAGCAGAGAGCAGAGAGCAGAGAGAAAGAGGAGGGGUCUGUCAGUCUGUAAGGUUUGGUUUGGUGCGCGCGAGCAAACGUCGGCCACGACAGACAGGGCCACCACGAACGGGCCCUUUCGAUCCAAUGGAGACCAGCCAACCCAACAAGGACAGGAUCAAGCAGUAUGGAUACCUGACCUUUGGGCAACGGGACGGUCAAGUGCAGUCGACGGCUCCGGACUCCUCGGUCAAGGCAUGGAUGUACUGUACCUACCUUGACCUGCCACCCUGCUACCGUCGGCACUACGUACUACGCAAGCAAGGCACUACCUGUGGCGCGUUGCGUCCGUUCGCCUUCACGUUGCUUGCUCGCAAACCGGCCAAGGGCCAAAGGGCCAAAGGGGCGGGGGGGAAGACAUGGAGGGAAAUGGAUGGAGACUCUCAAAUUAUGGCAUGUGGAUUUGUGUGUGGAUGCAGUUCGCGGCGGCGCCUUUCUCGAACCCAGGCCAAACCCAAUUGCUGCAGAGCACGCACAUCACACAGGCCCGCUGCAGUAGGCCAACCAUGGAUUUGAUCUGCAAUCCGACUCCCCUGCCAUAUGCAGAAGGACGAGAAUGUUGUGCAACCUCCAUACAUCUCACCCAUGGGCCACUGGUGGGACACAGUUUGUUGGGCAAACAACGGCGUUGUGUCUCGCCUUGCGCCUCUUACAAGAACUCUCCCUCCUUUUGCGGCCCUAGGUGGUAUCCGUGGAACCAUUCCGUCUGAGCCGGCGAGCUCUGUGCCCCCAU